CUACGAAGUCGCAACGACUCUCUGCUGCAUCCCGAGACCCUUCUUUGCCAUGAUCGAGUGCUUCGAGCACGUGGAACAUACCGUCGACCUGUGCCGCAACUGUGACUAUGUUUUCACGAUUGACCUCAACCUACCUCCUCUGCCGCGCCAUGACCAUCCGCUCCGCGCUGGUGUCGUUGCGUCUGAGGCAGAGACUCGGAGCAUUAAGGAAAUCAUGGUCGAGACAAACGGGCUCUUGCAGGACGUGAACGAAGAGCUGGAGUAUCUCAGGAGUGUGGUGACGUCGCUUGAGGAUGUCCAGAUGUACCUGGAGACGAUGCUAGACGUCCAGCGCGCACAUAUCGCGCCCAUCCGACGCCUUCCAAACGAAGUGCUGUCAGAGAUCUUCAUGUGGGCGUGUCUCGGGGAGGAAGUCGGCGGCUGGCGAUGUAUGCCCGUGGAUAUCAGUCAAGUGUGCAAGUCGUGGCGAGACACCAUUCAUAACCUCCCGACGCUCUGGAGCCAACUCGAGUAUCGUCUCUACGGUUAUACCACCGCCAAGGAGAAGAGAAUCCUGGACCUCUGUCUGCGGAACUCGAAGGGAUUGCCCCUCCGGCAUCCCAUCAAGUUCUCUCACUGUUCGGGCGGGAUCGCCACCUUUGAGAUCGUCCGGAGAUACUCCGCCCAGCUCACCUCCUUGACGAUGAGCAUCUUCCAACCCACCCUCGGAGACUCGCUCUGUGGAACCCUCGGGGACCGACCUCUGACACAUCUGCGAUUCCUUGAAGGCGAGGUUUCUCACCUACUCAUGGGGGACGUGCAUAGGGUAUUCGAGCGCCGCGCGCCUGCCUUGCGAUGCGUCAAGCUCACGAACACCCUGGUUCACACAUUGCAGCUGCCGAAUCUACCAUGGGUGCAGCUCGAUGAACUUCAUUUGGAGUGCACCUGGGAGUACGCCCUCACCGUACUUGCGCGCUGCACGAACCUGCCGACGCUCACGCUCAACGUCAUCCUGCCGUCCGCCCGCCCGAACCCCACCGCCAUUACCCCGCACACGACGAUGCGCGGACUGAGUGCGCUGAAAAUAUGUUUCGCCGGCGUCGAGGAUACGCGAAUGCUGGACUUUCUAACCGUGCCGGGCUUGACAUCCCUUGAGCUGAGUUGGCCGGAGAAAUCCCACGACGCGGCGGAGUACAGGGGAUGUCAUGUAUCGCGCCUAGUGGGGCGCUCGGCAUGUUGCCUCAAUGAGCUGAAGCUCUUCGGUGUGCCUGCAAGCGAGCGAUCAUUUGUCUUCACGUCGUACCCCGGGCUGCGCUCUCUCAUCCUCUACGUCCGCGAAGACGUACCCGUUACCGACGACGACUUCGUCUCUCUCAGCGUAACCGCUUCAUCUGGCUCUCCGGCGAUGCUUAUCGACUUGGAGGAGCUAGACAUUGGCGGGCCCGGACGCUUUCGCGGGGAAGUGGUCAUGGACAUGAUCAAGGCCCGUCGCGCGGCUGAGAAGCCCCUAAAGAGAGCUCGCAUCGACAUCAAGCGCGCAGACCUGGAUUACUUCGGCACUGUAAAAACAGCCGAUGCUAUUGAGAAGAUGGGUCCCGGAAUCGAGGUCUGGGGAAAGGUAGAGUAUGCAUGGCGUUGGUAGUGGCAAUUCGUGCGCUUUCAAUUGGAAAGCACGACUGAAUGCAGACCGUAGUUGGCUUUUUUUUGAGGGUGACAAAGAGCGCUUGGUUCAGCAAUAGUACUGUAUAAUGUCGGUUUCGAAAGAUCUGCAAAGUCGAACUUGAACAAUUCGUCACGCGCCG